AUGAGCAAGCUGCGAUCAAUUGACCCGCAAGACAUCGGGGCUGUCCUUCGUGCGUUGGAACAAGGUCGUCUCAAAUUGAAGCCCAGUAAUUCCGAGAAGGCGGGCAUGUCUCCCGCCGAGUCCAAGGAGUCCAAUGUCAGCCAUGGGCGACUAGCCAAGUCAGUUAAAAGUCCGAUGUGCCUACCGAGUCAAAAACUCCUACCCAGCCUAUAUCAUGACCGUCUCGCAAGGCUAAGUCUGGUCCUGAGACUGCAAGCGGUUCCAAUUCGGAUAGCGCAACAAUUUGAUUGCUGCGACAUGCACGUUACUUUUGAUUUACGGUCUCCCCCGGCCGCAAAGCAUCGCCGUCAUCCAACGCCCGACCAAUCCCCGGCCUACCAAUUCUUCAUGCUAUAG